AUGGCGUUUUCUCGUAGCAGCUCGGUUUCGUUCUUCACCUUCCUUUUAUUCGCCGUUUUUAUAAAUCCGGCUAUCUCUUCUCGCGUCUCAUCCUUCAUCACGCUCCCUGUCGCCGUCGACGAAUUUCUGCUUUCCUUCACCGCUUCCUACUGCGAGAGCUGGAGAUUGUCCGUCGAGACCAACAAUGCCGGACCCUCGGAGGUGGUUCCAUCCAAAUGUGUUAGGUCUCUUGAAACCUAUUACAACCAAGGACAGUUCGACAAUGACUACAGUAUAGUCGCUACUUACACGCUCGCCUACGCUAAAACGGUCAAGAUCGGCGGAGACGGUAAGGACGCGUGGGUCUUCGACAUCGAUGAGACGCUUCUCUCGAACCUCGAGUACUACGCCGCUCAUGGUUACGGGUCUGAGCCGUACAACUCGAAAGCGUUCAAUGAGUGGGUGCUAAAAGGUACAGCCCCAGGUUUUGAUGCAAGCUUGAAAUUGUUCAAAGAUCUCAAGCAACUUGGUUUCACUAUCAUUCUGCUAACCGGCCGAGACGAGGGCCAGAGGGCUAUUACCGAGAAAAAUCUCCAGGAUGCCGGACUAGGAGUUGAUUGUUUUUGUGCCUGUGAUCUUGGACUCUUGAUUUUAACCCACUGGGGUGAGGAAGACCAAGGGAAAGCAGCUGCUAAGUAUAAAUCAGAACAGCGAUCAAGAAUGGUUAAGAAAGGCUACAAACUCCAUGGAAACACUGGCGAUCAGUGGAGUGACCUGCAAGGUUUCGCCCUGGCCGAUCGUUCUUUCAAAGUCCCAAAUCCAAUGUACUAUAUUGGUUGA